CUCUUGUCUUGGUUGGAUGCACAAAUCUGUGUGCAGUGCUUUUUGCCCGUUGCCUAGACGAUCACUUGGUUUCUCUGAGGAUGUCUGGUUCUCGUAAAGAGUUUGAUGUGAAGCAGAUUUUGAAAAUCAGAUGGAGGUGGUUUAGCCAUCAAGCAUCAUCUAAUUCUACAGUUGACAGCCAGCAGGGAGAAUUUUGGAAUCGAGGACAGACUGGAGCAAACGGUGGGAGAAAGUUUUUAGAUCCAUGUAGCCUACAAUUGCCUUUGGCUUCAAUUGGUUACCGAAGGUCCAGCCAACUGGAAUUUCAGAAUUCACCUUCUUGGCCAAUGGCAUCCACCUCUGAAGUCCCUGCAUUUGAGUUUACAGCAGAAGAUUGUGGCGGUGCACACUGGCUGGAUAGACCAGAAGUGGAUGAUGGCACUAGUGAAGAAGAAAAUGAAUCUGAUUCCAGUUCAUGCAGAACAUGGAAUUCUGAACUGUGGUGUUGGAAUAAUAAUAAAUAUAGACCAGUCAUCUAUAAUCAUUUGUAUACUGGAGAAAGGGGCAUAUCUUUACAUAGGACUUCCAAUAGUAGUCAGACAUUAUCAUCCUGCCAUACUAUGGAGCCAUGUUCAUCAGAUGAAUUUUUCCAAGCCCUUAAUCAUGCUGAGCAAACAUUUAAAAAGAUGGAAAACUAUCUGAGACAUAAACAGUUAUGUGAUGUAAUUCUAGUUGCUGGUGAUCGCAGAAUUCCAGCUCACAGACUGGUGCUCUCCUCUGUCUCUGAUUAUUUUGCUGCCAUGUUUACUAAUGAUGUCAGGGAAGCAAGACAAGAGGAAAUAAAAAUGGAAGGUGUUGAACCGAAUUCACUAUGGUCCUUGAUUCAGUAUGCGUAUACAGGCCGCCUUGAAUUAAAAGAAGAUAAUAUUGAGUGCCUGCUAUCUACAGCUUGCCUUCUUCAGCUUUCACAGGUCGUGGAAGCUUGCUGUAAGUUUUUAAUGAAACAGCUUCACCCGUCCAACUGUCUUGGAAUCCGUUCUUUUGCUGAUGCCCAAGGUUGUACAGAUUUGCAUAAAGUGGCUCACAAUUAUACUAUGGAACAUUUCAUGGAAGUAAUUCGAAACCAGGAAUUUGUACUGUUACCAGCCACUGAAAUUGGAAAGCUCUUGGCCAGUGAUGACAUGAACAUUCCUAACGAAGAGACAAUACUGAAUGCACUUCUUACUUGGGUCCGUCAUGAUUUGGAACAGAGACGGAAAGAUCUCAGUAAACUUUUGGCUUAUAUUAGGCUCCCUCUUCUUGCACCACAGUUCCUGGCAGAUAUGGAAAAUAAUCCACUUUUCCGGGAUGAUAUAGAAUGUCAGAAACUUAUUAUGGAAGCGAUGAAGUACCAUUUAUUACCAGAGAGACGACCCAUGUUACAGAGCCCUCGGACAAAACCUAGAAAGUCCACGGUCGGAACACUAUUUGCAGUUGGAGGAAUGGAUUCAACAAAAGGAGCAACGAGCAUUGAAAAGUAUGAUCUUCGUACAAAUAUGUGGACUCCUGUAGCAAAUAUGAAUGGGAGGAGACUACAGUUUGGUGUUGCAGUGUUAGAUGACAAACUGUAUGUGGUCGGAGGAAGAGAUGGACUGAAGACUUUGAACACUGUAGAAUGCUACAACCCGAAAACAAAAACCUGGAGUGUGAUGCCUCCCAUGUCAACCCACAGGCACGGCCUCGGUGUGGCUGUAUUGGAAGGCCCCAUGUAUGCAGUAGGAGGACAUGAUGGCUGGAGCUACCUGAAUACAGUGGAAAGAUGGGACCCUCAGGCUCGUCAGUGGAAUUUUGUUGCCACUAUGUCCACCCCCAGAAGCACAGUAGGUGUGGCUGUACUAAGUGGAAAACUCUAUGCAGUUGGUGGUCGUGAUGGAAGUUCUUGCCUCAAAUCAGUAGAAUGUUUUGAUCCUCAUACUAAUAAAUGGACACUCUGUGCACAAAUGUCCAAAAGGAGAGGGGGAGUCGGAGUAACUACCUGGAAUGGAUUGCUGUAUGCUAUUGGAGGACAUGAUGCUCCUGCAUCCAACUUGACUUCCAGACUCUCAGACUGUGUGGAAAGAUAUGACCCCAAAACAGAUAUGUGGACUGCGGUGGCAUCUAUGAGCAUCAGCAGAGAUGCAGUAGGGGUCUGUUUACUUGGUGAUAAACUGUAUGCUGUUGGAGGCUAUGAUGGACAGACUUAUCUUAAUACAGUGGAAGCUUAUGAUCCCCAGACAAAUGAGUGGACCCAGGUUGCUCCUCUGUGUCUAGGAAGAGCUGGGGCUUGCGUUGUAACUGUCAAAUUAUAAUGCAGUGCUUUGUUUUCUAAAUGAAGAUAACGUCUUCCUUAUGAAUUUAGGAAAAUUAUUCUACUACCACUGGAUACAUUUUUUAGCAAAUUUGCAAUGCCACAUUCCUGGGCACAAAGUGCCCAAUCUCCACGUAAAAAUGAUAAAACAAGGGAGGAAGGAGUGGAUGAACUACGAUUAAAUCCUACAUUUUGUAGUAAGUCAUUUCUUAGCAAAUCAAAACUACAGCUGGUGGAUGGUGGACAUAUGUUCCUGGUAUAACAUAUGCGGACAAACGCACUCCUCCUAAACACAACACAGCUAGGAACUUCAUUUACUACUAACCACACUUUACUCCCAUUACCCAGAUUUCCUUUAUUACAGUGCACAAAUACUAGAUAAAACUUUUAACAUUUGCUUUGUAACUUUAUCCUACAUUAGUUGCACUAAUUUUUAUUUGUUGAACCACAACCACUAUUUUAAUGACACACUAAAGACUAUGCUAAUACUUAGUUUAAUUUCAGAAAUAGCUGCAUCAUAUAAGCUUUGAUUAUGGAUUUUAUUUCUAAAUCAGCUUAGUGUAAUGAGUAAAGAAAACCAUUAGAGCAUUAAAACAAUAAUGACCGAACGAAAAUGAAAUGAUCUUUGGGUUCUUUUAAAAUAUUCAGCCUAUUAUAUUUAGAUUCACUAAGAACCACGUUAGGAUAUUCUCAAAUUGGAAUAAUUGAAACAUGAUAUUUUGCAUUACAUUUAAGAUACACAAAUUUAUGUAGAGAAAACAAACGUUCUAUACACUAUAAUGUUAUUUCACCUAGGUAGUAUUUAAUUAUGUGGAUUUGUUUUCUUUUAUGUUACAAAAGAUGUUUUGAUUUUGUCUUUUGAUAUGGACAGAAACUGUUUGAAUAUUCUUAUGUUCUCAAGUCUGUAGUUACUCUCCUUGCUUUGUUUCUCACUUUUUCCACAGUUAGUGGCCAUUUGUGCUUCUUUGUAAUCAAACAGUUUGAGGGGAAUGGGCUUAUUGAAUGUUGAAAAAUAAGUUUAAAGUGUUUAUUACCCAAAGUUUUUUACAUUUGUAAACUCCAAUUACACAUGUGAAUGUUAAAACUCUCAAUGAAUUGUUUAUUGUUUGCAAAAAUGCACUGGGCAGUAACAUUUUAUGAUAAAUCCUUUAAGAUA